AAAUGAUGAUGUGCUAGCAGGUAACCCGCACGAAUUAGCCGCAGGAAUAUCAGGGCUGGGGUUUCUCGGCGUUGGCGACGGGCGGAGCCACAGAAAUGGGGGCCGAGAACAGCGGCUAAUUUUAGCCAGCCGCGCGGAGGAAUAAGCCUGGGCAGCCGCUCGCCCGCCUACCUCCCAAGAAGCCGCGGCGAUCUGUCGCCUAUCUGAGCUCGAAUUUCUCUUUGGUUCCAAGAACCGAUUCGAUUUGGUUUCUCGGGUGCUGGGAGAGGAUGCAGAUGGUGGGCCUGAGCUCGCCUGCCGCGGCGCCGAUGGCGGUGGGGAUGCGGCGGCGGCCAAGAACCGCGAUGUGGCCGCAGAGGAGCUCGGCCGCCCCACGGACAGCGGUCGUGGCGGCCGCGUCCUCGUCUCCGCCGUCGUCGGAUGCCAACUCGAGCUCCAAUUCGCCGGGUAAGGACGAGGAGACGGAUGAGGUCGCGCGGAGGGAGGAGGGCGAGAAGACGGCGGCGGCCUUCUUGCUGAGGAGCCAGAAGUACGCCUUGCUCAAGCAGCAGCUCGCCGUGGCCGCCCAGCUCGAGGAUUAUAAGGAGGCGGCGAGGUUGAGGGACUCGCUGAGGUCGUUCGAGGAAGAGGAGCCCGUCCUCCGCCUCCGCCGCUCCCUGAAAAAGGCGGUCGAGGAGGAGAGGUUUGCGGAUGCUGCCAAGUACAGAGAUGAAUUGAUGAUUUUGGCUCCGCACUCCCUCCUCAAAUGUUCUAGCGAUGCUACAACUCUGGGGAUAAGAGUUCAAGUCAGGAGUGUGUACAUUGAAAACCGGAGCCAGCCUUUGAAGGGGAAGUUCUUUUUUGCCUACAGAAUCAGAAUUACAAAUAAUUCUCAGCGUGCUGUUCAGCUUCUGAGACGACAUUGGAUUGUCACUGAUGCGAAUGGAAGGACGGAGAAUAUUUGGGGUGUGGGUGUAGUGGGAGAGCAACCUGUCAUAUUCCCAAAGACCGGUUUCGAGUACUCGUCUGCAUGCCCACUAAACACCCCAAAUGGGAGAAUGGAAGGUGAUUUUGAGAUGAAGCAUAUCGACAAGGUUGGAUCAUCGACAUUCAAUAUUGCUAUUGCGCCAUUCUCUCUGUCGAUCCUCGGGGACGAUAAUGAUGGUUCCCUCUGAAGGUGAUUGAGUACACAAACACGCACAGGUGAUGUUGCUAGUUUAGUAUUUAGAGCAUGUUGUAACCUAGUCCAGACUGAUCAUACGUAAAAGAAAUGUGGCAAGUGUGAAUGGUGAAGGUGUCCUGGAAUGUAUGGAAAUCGAAAAUCUUGUAAGUUUGUGGGUUAUGGGCACUCAGUGAAUGAGCUACACUUUUUUUUAAUGUACAGCAUAUAGAGAGCUCGUUGAUUUA